UGUCCAACGCCGUAAACUCAUCGUCGUCAAUAACCACUUCCUUUGCAAAUAGAAACUAUGCGUCAGUCCGUUGCUCCGAGUCGUAUUUCACAUGCUGCAUCCCUAGCAUCGCAGGCCAAUAAUGCGGCAGCAACGUCACGUUUACAGGAGAAAAAGAAAGAGUUUGAGGCCGUUGCUGCCCUUGAACGUGCUAGUGCUCUUUUCCUAAAACGCAUCGAAGGUCUUGCAGAUGAUUGUGAGGUUAUGGCUGAUGCUGGCCAAGUACACGGUCAGGUGCUCGAACAGUGGCCUCUGAUGUUCCAAAGUUUGAGUCUGUUCUUGAACAGCCGGGAACAGCACUUGUCAGACCCCAGUGACGACACCCUACCACUUACCGGAGAACGGCUUGUUCGUGUUCCGCUCGACGAGCUCCAAGCUGAUGCGUCGAAGCAAUCCUGACUGCGUCUACUUCGACAUGCAUAUUCUUGAUGCCGUGUCGCGUGACUCGCGUCUAUGGCCCUGGUAUUCCCGCCCUUUUCCAGAAACAUUGGGCCUGACUCAUCUACAUCUGCGACAACUUCAAUGCAGCUGACCCUCCAUUCUGCUAAUGGUCCCCGUGCUUCAUUUGAGAUGAAAUAAUACAUUUAGGCUACUGUGUCACUGCGUGCACGUGUCAGCAAGGGUGGGUACAACAUGGCGGGUUUGAGCAUAGUAUCGGGGUAUCGGACCUUCAUGGGCAUCUUGAACCUCUGAAACGGAUAUCACGAAAUCAGUCAUUACAGAACAGAUAUCAUAUACGUUGUUUCCUGUGUACACUACUCGUAGCACCACUACUAAUUCAAAGGACGCGGUUUCACGCCA